AUUGUGGGAUCCCUGUAGAAAUAAUUGAAAAUACCAAAUGGAAUGUACAGGAAUGGGAAGUCCCAGCCUACUGUGACAUGGAAACAAUGGGAGGAGGCUGGACAGUAAUACAAAAACGAGUAGAUGGAUCCCUGAGCUUUUACCAGAACUGGACGUGGUACAAGACAGGUUUCGGUACACCGGAAGAGAAUGAUUGGAUUGGAAAUGACGUAAUUCAUCAGUUGACAAGGGGAAACAACUCGUCUCUUUAUGUCUCCAUCACUCUCCAGAAUGGUACAAGUCUGUACGAGUUGUACGGAAAAUUCGCCAUUUCUGACGAAUCAGAGAAGUAUAAACUAUUUCUGGCAGGACCUGCACAGGGAACCUUAG